AUGGGUGUCCUGAACUAUCUUGGCAUCGCCAGGAGCAUAUCUGCAACCGAAGGCAAUAGCGCUGUGCGAGCUCUCCCAUCAAACUGGUACACCUCGCAAGAGAUGUACGAGUUGGAGAGACGAGCUAUUUUCUCUAAGAGAUGGAUGCUUAUCACUCACAAAUCAAGACUUCUCCAGCCGGGCGACUGGCUAAAAUUCGACAUCGCCGGAUACGAGUUUGUUCUUUGCCGUAGUAAAACGGGAGAUAGCAUCAAUGGAUUCCACAAUGUCUGUCGGCAUCGUGCGUUCCCAAUAGUUCAAGAGGACAAAGGGGCAGCCAAAAUAUUUGCCUGCAAGUACCAUGGCUGGUCAUAUGGACUUGAUGGUAGACUCGCAAAGGCUCCAAAGUACGAUGAACUCGAAGGCUUCGAUAAAAGCCAGAACGGUCUUUUCAAAAUACAUGUGCGUGUCGAUACAAGUGGCUUUGUCUGGGUUAACCUCGAUGGUAAAGAGAUCCCAGAAGUGCCUUGGGAAGAGGAUUUCGACGGUAUCGAUGCACAGGAGAGAUACAAGGUCUUCAAUUUUGACGAAUACGUCCUGGACCAUGAAUACCGAAUCGAGGGUCAUUACAAUUGGAAGAUUCUGGCAGACAACUUCAAUGAAUGCUAUCAUUGCCCAACCGCACACCCAGAUAUCCCAACCCUUGCAGAUAUCGAGACUCAUCAGGUCGACACUGAACAUGGGUGGAUUAAGCAUCAGUCUACGCCAACAUCGGAGCAAAAGAAGCUUGGCCUUGCCAUUGCCAGCACCUACUUCUUCCCAAAUCCAUAUCUGAUCCUAGGAAAUCAAGCUAACGUACAAUCCAUACCUCAUUUCAUUAUGCUACAGCGAUUCUUGCCAGGCGGACCAAAGAAAUCUACAAUGCAUUACCAGAUCUUUCGUAAUAAGAACUCCACAGAUGAGCAGUUCCGACUCAUCAGCGAGCUCUACAGUAAGGUCGUGAGUGAGGAUAAGGUGCUAUGCGAGCUGGCACAAAGGAACCUGAAUGCUGAGAUCUUUGUGAGUGGUGAAAUGCACCCCCGACUCGAAAAAGGUCCGUUGUUCUUCCAGAGAGUUGCACGGAAAAUCAUCAGGGAGCACUGGGAGCGAGAGAAGGUGGCGAAAAAAGAGAUAUGGCCUGCAAGACAGCAGCUACCAAGCAGUGCUGUAUUGAACAACGAGGAUGCCGAACUCUGUUCAGGCCUUUCCUGUCAAACAAAUGAAGCAGGACUUGCAUGGUAG